UAUAUUUUUUUAAAUAUUUAUACAAAAAAAAUAAUAACUAAAGAUGUUUAAUUAUAUACGUAUAUAUAUUUUGUGAAAAUAAUGCUGAAUUACCAUAUAAAAUUUCUAACAUGUGACGAUAGUAUAAAUCUAAAGAACACCGACUUCAAAAGUUUUAAAUAUGAAACGAAAAAAAGGUUGGAAGAAUCAGUGCACGAUGCUGCUAAAAGGAAUUACUACGAGCGUCGUGGUGGAUGCUGGAGAUCAUCGAAUUCGCGGCAAAUUCGUCAGCUUGAAUCGAAAAUGGAACGUGGCAUAGUCCUGUGUGAAUGGACAAACGAGACUCUAAUCACCAUGGUAUUUUCUUCAGGAGCGAUUGCCUACCUCACCAUAAAACCAAACAGCUUAGAUGUAACCCAAAUACUGUUUGAUAGAUAUUGUAUUGGAAAACUGGCUGGACAAACUGUUACAGGAGUUGUACUAUGCAGUUCUCAUCUUAUGUUCACGCAUACAGAAAGAAUGGCAACUUUAAUCACUUUUGGGAAAACUCCAGUAAACCGUAUACCUUGCCGCAUAUCAGACAGAGACCCACAUAUACAGAAUGUAGAAUUAGGAGGUGGGUCCCGUCGCACUGAAAGACGCGUGUCGUGGUGUGAGGCAGGGAAUGGCGUGCGUGUGCUGGUAUGGAGCACAGCUAACGCAGAACCGGCGCCCUGGAGCCCUAUUCUCGAAGACCACGCCAACUUACACUUAUACCACAUAGAAGGAGAGCAGAUGUAUUUAAAAGCAUACCAUCAACUUGAAAAUGAAACUUUAUCAGCAGACCUGACCCAAAAACAAAACAAUACUGUUCAUAUUAUUGAACAAAUCACAUGUCAUCAGAACGGUGUCAAUUUAGAGUGGGCGCGGUACGAUAUAUCGUCGGGAUCGCGCGAACGAGCCACGAAAUUGUCGAACGCGCGAUCAGGCGGCACGCGCGUGUGGUUGCCGGCGCCAGCACGGACCGCCCGCAGAUCGCCAUGCGGCACGCGACUACUUGCAGCCUGCAUCGACGGAUCACUGCAUCUUGUACACAACAUAGCAGGACUUACGCACUCUACAAAGGCUGGCUUUAUAGCAGCUGACGUGCGAUGGGCGGGAGAAUUAAUUGUGGCUGUGGAAGAGGGAGGUCGCUUGCAGUGCUUCGACCGCGCAUUAUCUCUGCUACACAAUCAUACCAAAUGCUUAGAUCUCACUUCAUAUUUAAGGGAUGCCAGCCGUAUGCAGAUCCUAGCUACAUACAAUGCCGUUAGUGGUCCAUUUGUAUUAACAACAUUCAACGGCGGCCCUCUCACAUUACUUCGCAUCACCCAUCCACGAUUAUUGACGGCGUGGCUAAAUGCGGGCCGCAACAGUAACGCGGUGGCGCUUCUGCGAGCCAUGGAUUGGGAUGAGGAUGGACCCCGCUGCUUGUGGGCCGUCAACAAAAUAGUUUGUGCAGCGCUGCGUAGCAAAACUGCGUGGGCGGCGGCGGAGGAGAGCGCGCAGGCGGCGCUGGGAGCGUUCCUGGCGCCGCGCGCGCCGCUGGCCGCCGCCGCAGCGCCCGCCGCGCCCGCCGCGCCGCCGCUGCACGACCUCGCCAGGAAACUCUUCCAUCACCUGCUCAGACGCGGGCGGGUGGAGACGUCGCUGAGCCUGGGCGUGGAGCUGGCGGCGUGGGACUUGUGCUCGGACGCUCGCAGUGCGGCCGCACGCCGCGGUCUGCACGCACUACGCGACGAGGCCGCACUCCUCGCUGCGCACUACGCCCGCUUGCAACCCACCGAGUCCGACUGUUCAGGAUCGUGUUCCUGCGGUUCACAUUGUUCACAUUCCUAUUCAGAUUCGGAUGUUGAAACUAGUGAAUCUUCCGAAGUGGCUAAAACUGAACCACCACCGUUGCCUCGAGUGUCGCUACCAUCUCUCCCUCCUCAACCCACACUAAUGCCCGUUUCUAUAACACAAACUGAACCAAUUUCCACAAACAGUAUUCGUCCAAACCUCCAUCAAUACCUAGAACGAGACAACAAUGUCUGGACUAACCUAAGAGAUGACACUAUAAUAUCCAAUGGCUAUAAUAAAUACAAACCAGUGUUAACACAAAACAUGAGAUGGCAUAGUGUGGAUAAUAUGCUGUCUAAGCAACCAUCAAAACAAAUGCUUGCUGCAAUUAGUGAAGUACCAACAAGAACGAACUUGGAUGUACCUAAGAAAGAAGAAAAAACGGCAUCCGGCCAGUUUAGGAAUAUGUACCAAACGGAAUUAAGAGACGAAGCACCUAGCACAACAUAUAGAUACUACAGCAAUAAUAACUAUUACUCGAAUACAAAUCUAAGUACACAAAUGAGACCAGAUUGUACGCCGCAGAGAAGUACAAAUCGACCGAUUGAAAAAAAUAAAGUUAAAUUUUCGAACACCGUCACGAUUGCUGUUGUAUCUGAUUCGCCUGUCUGCUCGGAAACGGAACGAGAAUUAGCCGACAGUCUACCACUGUGCCCGCCUCACAAGUAUUUAGCAGCAUUCGCGCCCCAGCCGUCGCUGCCCCAGCCGUUGCCGCCCCAACCGCCGCUGCCCCAAUCACAACCGCCCCAGCCGUUGCCACCCCGACCGUCACCGUCACAACCACAACCGCCCCAUCUCCAAGCGGCCGCCGAAUCAACCCCAGAAAGACCACCUAAGAUCAAGGUUGUUCAUUUCGGAAUGGUGUAAGCACAUUCGAGUGAUGUAAUUGAAAUCCGUCCAUUAUAGCUUUAAUAAAACGAAGUUUAUUGAUAUUUUUACUCUAAUAGAUAUGAUAGGAUAUAGUAAUCGAUGUAUAUUUUGUUUAUAAUGAUUUAUUAUAUUUCAUUAUUUUAUACAAAAAUAGACUUAGGUACCUUUGUCCCUGAAAAAAAAAGAGAAAAUUGAUAUCUCACUAUUCAAAAGAACAUAUAAAUUUAUACUAUUUUAUACUAAUAAAAAAAAUAUAAAUAUUAUGAUAUAUGCGUGCAUAUAUAAUUCCGUAGUCGUCUUGAUUUUUUAACAUAUGAAGAAGUUGAAGUGGGUUCUAAAUAGAAUAUCUAUUAAAUCAAUGAACAAUGACUAUGUUGUAUCUACAAAUUUUAUUAGUAGUGUAUAU